AUGGCAAGCACUAAGGAUCGACUACGAAUACUUUGUCUUCAUGGAUACCGCCAGAAUGAUGUGCUGUUUCGUGAGAAAACUGGCAGUCUGAGGAAACAGUUCAAGAAGUACGCCGAUUUCGAAUUCAUCAGCGCUCCACUCGUACCAAACGUCGAAUCAGAAGAGCGCGGAGAUGUUCGAAGCUGGUGGUUUUCGCGUGAAGACGGCCAGUUCAGUAGUCGAGAUGUUUGCUCCAUAGCCACAGGCUUUGAGAAGUCAGUGUCGUUAGUUUGCGAUUACGUGCGCGCGAAUGGUCCCUUCGAUGGGAUACUCGGCUUUAGCCAAGGUGCGUCUAUGGUCCAUCUACUGCUGGCUAUGGAAAAACGUGGCGAAAUCGAGCUAGGCUUUCGCUUUGCCAUAUUCUUUGCUGGAUUUUUGAGUCUGUCAUCGGUUCACGAUUGCUAUACGUCUCAGACAUUCGAUAUUCCAUCAUUACAUAUCUACGGUUCUGGUGAUCAAAUAGUAGUGGCUGUUACCAGCGAAAAGUUGAAAUCAAUGUUUAGCAACAGUAUAGCAAUUGUCCAUGAUGGUGGUCACUUUAUUCCUUCGAUGUCGAAAUUUAAAGAUGUUUUCGGUGAUUUCCUGAAAGGAUUUGUUGAUGUUUAA